AUGGCUUGGAAUAAGAAGGAAGUUCUGUACCCCGUUCAAAUCAUACCUUUCUCGGCCUUUUGGCUAAGAUCAAGUGUAGUAUCUGUUCUUAUCAGUUUAAUAUCUGAUACGUGGGCUAUUGGCCCACACGAUAGAGCUUGCUUCAGGGGCCUUUCUCGCGUGUCGCCCAUGCGUUGCACUAUUGCACGGGCCUGGCGCACCCCACCAAUCCUAGUUCAAUCCUUUUUUUCUUUGUUUAUGGCCCAUUGGGCCUUAGCUGAAUGA